AUGAACAAGGAGGCGCGGCUAAAGAAGCUUGACGAAGAGUUCGAGGAGUACAAGAAAGAUGUGCGAGCAGCCAUGUCUCGGCCAUACCCCCAACAGGAAGGGCUGCACGGGAUGGGGUGCCUGGUGCAGAUGGGAUUCCGGAAGAGCAGGCAUGUGGGAGACUGGAGGACGAACUCUUCCUACCAGAACAAGCAAGAGACGUUCCAUCAGCCUCUCAACGAUGUCACGACCACGUUGGAGCGGGGGAUGGUGAUUCGGGGGAGUGGAGGAAACAUAGCCCCUGCUGCAGGCACAGACGGAGACUCUACAGGAACAUACCAUCCUCCCUCUGAAGGGAGAGCAGACCCGGAGGAGAACCUCUCGAUCAUAAGGUCUCUUGGUAACACUCUGUCGCUGCCCAAAGAUGUACAACGACGACGAGAAACGGAGCAAGCGCUCCAGGAGAACGAGAAGUUCAGCCAGACGACAGAGUGGGCCUUGCGACUCGCGUACAAGCUCUUUCAUGUCUACACGGAUACAUACCCCAUCUACAAGGUCAGCAGGGGUUCAAGGAACGUCCAAGACUCGCCCGGCAUGCUCGGCGAGAGACGCUUCCUCGAGAUCGGGAUACUGAGAGCAGAGGGGCUGCCGCAGAUGGAUGCUGUUGGAAUCUCUGACAGGGACGGUUGUGACCCUUACGUGGUCUUGAGGUAUGACGGAACAGAGAGGUUCAGAAGCAAGACUGUAUACGAAACAUACCGUCCUGAAUGGAAUGAAACAUUCUCGAUGUCCUUUGACCAGGCCGGAGCGUCGCUCCCACUCAUAGUGCAGGUGUGGGACGCCAACGACGACCGGGAUGACUUGAUCGGCCAAGUGUACGUGAACUUCUCAAGGGACCUGGUCAAAGGAGAGCGUUCAGAGAGAUGGUUCUCGCUCACUCCUGAUGACUCCAGAGCUUUCCAUGCUGUGCAACGGAAGGCGGACUCCUCGCAUGCUGGUCAAGUCCUGCUGAGCCUGAGGCUUCAAGACGGGCAGCACAUGGAGGAUGAAGGAAGUGAGAUGGAGCAGACGGUGACAAGAGAAGAGGACGAGACAGUCAUCCGAAGACCUUGGGGGCCAGAGGUUGUUGUGGACAACUCUGACCUGAGCUUCAAGGCUCAGACGUCUCAGACCAUCUUGCAGAAGAUGAGAUCAAGGUCAGCAGCUGUGCUAGUGGUGUUUUACGAGCUCACGAGUCUCUGCAGCUUGGAGGUUGUGAGGAAUGGGAUCAACCCUUCAGUGAAGAAGGAUCUUCACGCCAUGAUCGAAGGCCUGAUCAAGUCUGUCAGUGCUCAGAUUCUCAACCAGCUCUAUGCCGCGGACUCGCUCCUGAGUGACGUGAAACGGUUGGCGAACAAGGUGUUGUCAAUGUUACAAGGUGAUGACGAGGAUAAAGUGCUGGCUUACAAGUGCUUGAUGAUCGCCAUGGUGUUCAAAUCCAAGACCGAUCCCUCCAGUAUCGUUGAGUACAUUCAGGAUAUUCUUGCGCAGAUCUUGAAGCUCCAAGAUUUGAAGGUUGCAGUGAAUGAAGAGCUGAAUCUAACAGGCGAGGACUGUGAAGCAGUUGAAACCAACUAA